AAGAAACUAAGAAUCCAUUCACUGAUAAUGUAUGUUCUCUUCUUCUUUCUUUUUUUUUCUAACAUGUGGAGAAGGUGUAUGGAUUCCAGCUGUAAUACGACAAUUGCUGGUCAACGUUAGGUUUUUACUAUAAUCUGCAUGAAGAAUUAAGAGGGCUAAUUGUUGACUAGCUUUAGCUGUGGUCUAUUUAAAACAGAUACCGCCAAUUUCUACUGAUUUUUCUUUUUCUUUUUCCUUCUAAUUUUUUGUUUAAUAUGGGAAUUGUUGAAAAAGUCGGAUUUUUCCUUUUGUAGGGAACAAAUUGGAGUUAAUUAACAAAUUAUUAGAAUUAAAGAAUUACUUUAUAUUUCAAGGUUGUCGCUUUAUGGAAACGAUUGAUACUCUACCUCUAUUUUGCAUAUGGCUAAAUUAGCUACAAACAUGAUGCUUUCCUCUGAGUGCUUCACUUGUUAGGACAAGAAUGUGUGAUUUGUCUUUAAGUUAGUUUAUAUGGAAGUGUAAAUUAACAACCUAAUUUGUAUCAUUUUGUAUUUAUUCGCUGCUGGAGAUGUGACCAAGAUAACAGAAGAUCUUUAAAAAGUGCUUCAUAAAAGUCAUUGACGAUCAAAUUUUAUUUUAAAAUUGCUGAAAUUAAGAAGUUUGCCAAAGUGGUUAUGGGAACAGAAGAAGAGAGCUCACCUGCCAAGCAUUCUAAACCUACUGCUUCAGCUCAGGAGAUGCCUACGACACCUGCAUAUCCUGAUUGGUCAAGCCAGAUGCAGGCUUAUUAUGGUGCCGGAGCUACUCCACCUCCCUUUUUUGCCUCAACUGUUGCUUCAACAACUCCGCAUCCAUAUAUAUGGGGAGGCCAGCAUCCUUUAAUGCCUCCAUACGGCACCCCAGUUCCGUAUCCAGUUAUAUAUCCUCCAGGGGGAGUAUAUGCACAUCCUAAUAUGGCCAUCGCUCCAAGUUCUGCACCAAAUAAUGCUGACCAUGAAGAGAAGAGUGCUGAUGACAAGGAUCGAGGUGCCACCAAAAAAUCCAAGGGAACUUCAGGAAGCAAGGUUGAAGAGAGUGGAAAGGCAGCUUCCGGAUCUGGAAAAGAUGGCGGUUCUCAAAGUGGUGAAAGUGGCAGUGAGGGUACAGCAGAUGGAAGCGAUGAGAAUAAUCAACAAGAACCUGCUGCUGCGAAAAAGGGAAGCUUUGGACAGAUGCUUGCAGAUGCCAAUAUGCAGAGUAAUACUGCUGUGGCUUUGGUUCCUGGGAAACCCGUAGUCCCUAUUCCUGGAACUAACUUGAAUAUUGGGAUUGACAUAUGGAGUGGUGCCCCUGCUGCCACAGGAGCUGCAAAAAUGCGACCCAACGCGUCUGGUGCUGUAGCUGCAGCUGCUUCUGGAGUUGUAAUGCAUGACCAGUGGAUUCAAGAUGAGCGUGAGUUGAAAAGACAGAAAAGGAAGCAGUCUAACAGGGAAUCUGCCAGGAGAUCAAGAUUACGAAAGCAGGCGGAGUGUGAAGAGCUACAAGCAAGGGUGGAAAACUUGGCGAACGAAAACUGCACCCUUAGAGGGGAACUACAGAAGCUUUCUGAUGAAUGUGAGAAGCUUUCAUCAGAAAAUAGUUCAAUUAAGGAGGAAUUGAUGCGGAUUUGUGGACCGGAUGCUCUUACUAAGCUUGAACAAGAGAACCCCUCUUCAGUUGUCGAGGGUAAUAGUUAGUAGGAAAUCUACAGAGAUAACUUGGUGCAGGCAGUGCAGUAUUCCGUCUAGUAAUAUUCUUUUUUUAGCGUUGGCCAAUAACCUAAUAGGACAUUUGUUUUCUUACUAAUCUAAACCCUUAAGACUCUUAACGUUGUAACCGAAACAACUCUCAACCAGGUCAGAUUGUGGUAUUGAUGUAAUUGAUUGGACAGUCAUUCAGAUUUUGAUCCAAGUUUAUAUUUAAUAUAUAAAAUGAAACAACAUGAUUAGAUAUUACUUGGUGUAUGAUUACAACCCUCUAAAAAUCGAAAUUGUAUGAAAUUUUCCUUGUGAAAAAGGUAGAAUCAAACAAAAA